UAUCAUAUCUCCGCCCCCCUCCCCGGUCCUCCUGCUCCCAUGAGGGCGGCUCUUUAUAUUGCCCCAAAACUCCUCCUGACUGGCGCCUUUUUUCCUUUAUCUGCAGGAGAAGACUCUCAUGCUAUUAAUAGGACCACGUUGGAAUAAACCGCUUAACCUGCUGGUGUGAGAAAUAACCAUGAGCGACAAGGGGACAGUGUCAUCCAAGGAGAAGGAGGAGACGGAGAAGAGGGGGCGUGGAAGACCUCGUAAGCAACCCCAGGAGCCUAGCGGGUCCCCAACUCCAAAAAGACCAAGAGGACGACCCAAGGGCAGCAAAAACAAGGCAGCCAGCAAGGGCAAAGCAAAGGCAGAACCUGCUCCUGGUGCAAAACGUAGAGGAAGACCCAAGAAGGAGCAGGAAAAGGAAGAGAAGGCAUCGCAGGAAUCAUCUGAGCAGGAGGAGGAGGAAGAAGACGAAGAAGAGGAGGAAGAAGACCAGUAAUCCACAACGCAUGCUACCUCACUCAACAUACUGACUUACUGUUAAACCAGAUCUGGGCUGUAUCUAAAAAAAAAAAAAAAAAAAAACACCAGUGCCACUUUCAUGACCACUGUUCCUGACAGGGCCCUCGGCCCACACGAGGGCCAACACAGUACAUUUCUCAUGCAACAGCACUGGAUAGAACGCUGGACCUUGCUCAAAAGCAUAGAUCUAAGUAUCACCUGACAGACAGCCCUUUUCUCUGUCAUGACAUCACAAGUCUUUUAUACUGGACAAAAGUGGGCUCCUAGGAGCUCUGUGUGUGUGUGUGAGUGUGUGUUGUAUUUUUCACCUGAAGAUUGUUUGUAGGUCUUUUUUUUUUUUUUUAUGUUACUUAUUGGUUGUUCCCACAUCUGAGAUGGUAGGCGGUAUAGAAUUUCUCCACGUUUUCUACUGGACAAAGGUGACUUUUACCAAUACUUGCUGUGUUUGUUGUGGUUUAACCUACCCUUCGCAUUGUAUGCUAGAUGGUGUUGAGCUUCAGUGUUUAAGGUGAGAAUAGGUCACUGGUGAAAAUUAUUUUUUUUUUCUCCCCCUUCCUUUCCCAGUGUCACCCCACUAUAUAGUCCUAUAGGACGUUUUUAGAUUUUAGCUUCUCAAUCAUCCUCUGGUCCUGUGCGUGUUUGGAGUAGGCAAGGUGUAUCUUUCUGUUUUUGUUACUUUCCAGUUUCAUACCAUUUUUGAAAGAAAAAAAUCCUGAUUCUGCUGCUUCUUUUCAAGUGUGGUUUUCAUUUGAAAGUUAUCUGGUUCCAGGUUGAAAGCAUCAGUGUCGUUACUUCAGGGAGCUUUUUACAGACUGUUUUUGCCUGCACUCGCCCAGUCAACUAACUGAAAGGCAAACCGUACUUAGUCAUAAGGGGGUCUAAUAAUAAAAUCAUGAGUUGUUGGUACUUUUUCUUCUUCGUGCCACCCAGCGCCACUUUGUUCCUCUUUGUCCUAAUAUGACUCUUUAAAAAAAUGUUUUCUGUCCACAACAAAAACAUUUUGUGUCAGGGAACCAAGCACCCGUCUUCUUCCACACACCUCAGCUGCUACAAACCCGGAAAACUGCAAACGGGCACCACAACGCCUGGAGUUUCAUACCUCGCUCAACUGCUUAUCAUUGCUUUUAACUAUUUUUGUUGUACUGUGUGCUGUAGCGUGUGUCGGACAGGUGUCUUUAUUAAAAAGGUUUUUUUUUAUAUAUACCUGGUUGAAACAGGCUUCAACUUGCUCAUGACCGCUCGUUGACAGACUUUUUUUUUUUUCAUGUGUGAAGCAAGUCAGGGAGACCUGUCAGCUUAACAAUUGUGUUCGCUGACUGUGGUAGUUUAGCGCGUUUUUAUUUUUUUAUUACGGUGCACUGAAAUGGUGAUUCAAGGACAAAAAAAAAAAAUACAAAGGCCGGACGCCUGGUUGGUUUGCAUGAUGAGGUGGCAAAUUGGUCCAACUUCCACAAAAUGAAAUCUCACAACUGACAUCCACAUGUGUUCAUUUAUAUACUGUAAACUGUUGAGGAUGGGAUCAUUCUUUUGAAUGUGCACCGUAUAUAAAUGUACAAUGUCUAUAUUUCUAUGGUGCCCUACAAUUUGUAUGAGAUAAAAUGGUCAAUAAAGAUAAUUUUCUGUC